UCCCUUCAUCCCUGAUCUCCUUCAUCCUCUCCAAUCCUCAUCUGUUCCCGGGGAGGAAGGGGGAGAGAAAGAGAGAGUUUUUCACAGGUAAGUUCCUGCCAGUUGGUGGGAAGAAAGCGUGCAAAGUAGAGUGAGUGAGUAAGAGAGAGAAAGAGAGAGGGGAAGCAGGACCGUCCUGUGGAUUGAGGAGUGCACAAGCAGCUGAGAGAAAAAAGGGACACGCAGCGAGGAGAAGAGGAGAACGAGAGGUUUGGAAUAAAGGAGAAAAGGAGGAGAAAGAAAAGCUGCACAGCGAGAAGCAAGGUCGUCCUCUGGUCUGUAACAUCCCCUUCAAGCCGUCGCCAUGGGUGAGGUGGAACAAUUGAAAAAGGAGGCUGAGGCCCUCAGAGCUCAGAUUGAGACCGCCCGCAAAGGAGUGGCCGACACAACCAUGGAGUCGGCCGCCUCUGGGGUGGCCCCUGCUCCUCGCAUCCAACCCCGCGCCAGACGGACCCUCAAAGGCCACACAGCCAAAAUCUACGCCCUGUACUGGGCCCUUGACAACAAGCUGAUGAUCAGUGGCUCACAGGAUGGCAAGCUGAUCGUUUGGGACACCCAUGCUGGAAAUCUGGCUAACUGCAUACCUCUCAAAUCUGCAUGGGUCAUGACUGUCUCCUUCUCCCCCUCUGCGGGUCUGGUGGCUAGUGGUGGUCUUGACAACAUGUGCACUAUCUACAACAUCUCAGGGGAAAAGCCAAAAACCUUGAGGGAAUUGGAUGGUCAUGAUGGUUAUCUGGCCUGUGCCCGCUUCUUGAGCGAAACUGAGAUCCUUACUGCUUCUGGUGACCAGACCUGUGGUCUUUGGGAUCUGGAGACUGGCAAACAGAAGGUACAGUUCCUGAACCAUGUGGGAGACUGCAUGUGUCUGGCACUCUCCCCUGACCAGAACCAGUUCAUCUCUGGGGCCUGUGACUCCCUUGCCAAGCUCUGGGAUGUCAGGGAUGGCCAGUGCAGGCAGACUUUCCAGGGCCACACCAGUGACGUCAACACCAUUGCGUUCUUCCCAAAUGGACACGCUGUGAUCACAGGCUCGGACGACUGCACCCUGAGGAUGUUUGACCUCCGCUCUGACCAGGAAGUCAUCUGCUACCAGAACGCCCAGCCAACUGCCGGUGUGACAUCACUCGCCCUGUCCCUGUCUGGACGUCUCCUCUUUGCAGGCUACGAUGACUUCAACUGCAACAUCUGGGAUACUCUCAAGGGCGAGAAAGUUGGUGUGCUGGCUGGACAUGACAACAGAGUGAGCUGCGUUGGCAUCCCAAGUGACGGCCUGGCGGUCAGCACCGGAUCCUGGGACAGCUUCCUGAAGGUCUGGAACUGAGCUGGCCGCUCAGCCUUUCGCGGAGGAGCUCGAGAAGGAGGAAGAACGAGGGAGUGAGGAGGAAGACAAACAGGGACACAGCUAGUGUAGGAGGACAGUGAGCAAGAUGAAUGAAUGACAGUGAUGCUGGUUGGGUAGGUGGGUGUAUGUGUGGGGGAGGGAGCAGAGUGGUGGAGGCACUGCACGUUUUGUUAUCAGGGAGAGAGACAUGGGAGGGUUUGUUUUUUUCGUACCAGACUAGUCUUCUCUUUUUUGACUCGCUCACUAGUUCAUUCUCUCUUCUCUCUUCCUUCUUUGUUCAAACUUUGAAGGCAAAGGCAAAGACUCCAUAGAAUGUAUAAAAUGGCAUUCCUACCACCUCAUAAUGCACCAUGGAAGAUAUUGCUGAGUGUUUCAGUAUAUCAAAUGACAACAAUAAAAAAUAUAGCAUUUUAUGGUCAGACAUAUUUGAAAAUAAUGAAUAUAAAUGUAAAAUAAUAUUUUAUUGUAUUAAAGUUAUUUGACAAAUACAUAAUAGAUUUUUGAAAGUAAAAUGAGAAAUCCUGUGGAAUAAUUUUGUGGGGGAAAAUGUAUAAAAAGAAAUAGGACCCAAGGUUAUUUUUUCUUGUUUCUUGUAUUCAUGGUUGAGAUUUAAGACCCAAUCACGCUAGAUGAGAGAUGACACCAAACCUUGUUUGUACAUUUUAGAGAAUUCAGUAGGUGCAGUGUUUGUGUGCAUUGCUGUCACACAUCUGCGUUUAUGUUUGCACCUCCAGCAUUACAUCUGACAUUUUGGAUCUGCGAUGGUACUGAUACUUAUACUGGUGCAUCUGCAAAUAACCUAAAAGCCAGCUUCAUUUGAAUUCCAAAAUGGCUACUGUUGCCUUUCAUCAAGCCAUUCCAUGAGAAUCAUUUUAGGUUCAUCCAUUAGAAGGGACAUGUUCAUGUACACCGGACACAUAUCAACAAAAGUCAGCAUGGAUUUGUUUCAUAUAUCCGUCCCUCUAUGUUGUAAAACACAGAAAACAUUUGCUACAAUCAGUGAUCAAUAAAUCAUUCCCUCGAAAUCAUUUUUGUUUUGCUUUUACAUUUGCAGUCUAUCUGUAAAAUUAUGUUUAAAACACUUUCUAAUAAAUGUAGAAUUCUGCACUA